UUGUUAUGCCGGCGUUCGCUGGAAUGGAAGACUUUUUAAAGUUUUUUAAAAAGGCUUACACUGUAAGUCAGAGUUUUCCUUCUGGUGACGGAUUCAACACGUUAGAUCAGCUAGUCCGAAUCCAGGACGGUAUUCCUGCAGAAUACAGGUUUCCUUGUCAUACAUCGCACAGGAACUUUUAUUACGGUCAACCUACAGAUGUCAGAUUUAUUGGUCCGCGGAACAUUGCUGUGGUUGGCGCUAUUGGAGAUUCGGUUUUAGCUGGAACCGGUUCUCUGGCUAGAAGUCCUCUGGAAGCUUACACACGAUAUCCUGAACAAUCUUUUGCUAUAGGAGGAGGGAAAACAUGGAGGGAAUACCUAACCAUACCAAAUAUACUUAGAGAAUAUAAUCCAAACCUACAGGGUUACUCUACAGGAUCAUUUGGAGGCACUGGGCUUAACUUUGCAAAACCAGGAGCUAUGGCCAAGAAUAUGAAAUAUCAAGCCAAGAAAUUGAUGGAGGAAAUGAUCAGCUCUAAAAAUAUCAGCUUUAAGGAAGACUGGAAGCUUGUGUUUGUGCAUGUGGGUGCUAAUGAUCUAUGCAAGUAUUCGUGUGUAUCCUCUUCCCCUUCUGUGGAUAGUUUUAUUUCUUCUUUAGCCUCAGCUGUGGAUAUCCUGUAUUCAGCUCCUAGGAUAAUCAUUAUUAUUCUGUCUAUACCAGAUGUAAGUGGAGUUCAGGCUGCUCUUCAGCGACCUCUUGUCUGCCAGAAGAUUAUGCCUGUACUUUGCCCUUGUGUUGCUGGAGCAGAUGCUUUACCUAGGAACCAGUUCUUACAGAAGCUUAGUGAGUAUAGGACAAGCAUGGAGGCCCUCUCCACCUCGGCAAGGUAUAGAGAGAGAGAAGAUGCAGCAGUAAUAUUUAUAAAAACACCAGAAUAUCUUCAAAUCCCGAAGGAUAAAAGCUUGAAGGUGCAGUUACAUCCUUUCAAGAAUACUAAUCUAUUCCCAGACCUUGCUUACUUAGCUCCCGAUUGUUUUCAUCCCAGUCAAAAACUCAAUGCUUUAGCUGCAGGGAUGGUUUGGGAAGAACUUUUCACUGGAACCCCUGGUAAACAACCAACAGGUUCUGAAGAUGGGUUAGGAACCGGACAACAUCUGUUUUGUCCGUCAGCUGAGCAGCCAUACUUCAAGGUCAAGCAGAAGCAGGAGUAGCGGGAGUAGCAGGAGUAGCAUGGCGGAUGGUGUUAAAUCAUAAAUAUUUUGUUAACUGAUUUUGUUAUAUUUUCUUAUAUUUAAUAAAUUAUUGAACAAUU